AUGGCCAAAACUAAGUCGAAGUCUCACCAGCCCAAUGGAGUGGCCAAGGCCAAAACCGCGGCUGCAUUGGCUGUCAAGCCUCCUCAGCCGGUCAAGGCAUUGCCGGUCACGUUGCUCUCGGGUUUCCUGGGGAGUGGAAAGACCACCCUCCUGCAGCAUGUAUUGCGAAGCGAGCACGGCUUGCGAAUCGCAGUCAUCGUCAAUGACAUCGGAGCAAUCAACGUCGACGCAUCCCUCAUCCGCAACACCCACCGCCUGACCAAGACGGAAGAAAAAGUCAUCGCCCUGCAAAACGGGUGCAUCUGCUGCACGCUCCGUGGUGAUCUCCUCGAGGAACUCGUGCGGCUAUCCGAGCUGGCCGAAUUCGACUACAUCAUUGUCGAAAGCAGCGGCAUCAGCGAGCCCGAGCAAGUCGCCGAGACCUUCGACUCUCGCCUCGCCGAACAGAUCUCUGCCAUGGGCGACGGGCCUGAGGGUCUCGAUGAGGCGACGCUGCUGACACUCAAGCGGCUGAAGGAUGCUGGCGGUUUGGAGAAGUUCGCUCGCCUCGAUACAACGUGCACGGUCAUCGACGCCUUUACCAUGUUUCAUGACUUCGAGACGGCGGACCUGCUUUCGUCGCGCCGCGACGAUGUCGUGCCUGAAGAUGAGCGGACAGUUUCCGAUCUCAUGGUCGAUCAGAUCGAGUUUGCGGAUGUUAUUGUCCUCAACAAGACUGACAUGGUCGACGAUGUCGCCAAAGCUCACAUGCGCGACCUCAUUGCCAAGCUGAACCAUCGGGCCCAAGUCAUCGAGAGCAGCUAUGGUAGAAUCGAUGUCGCGCAGAUCGUGAACACCGGCAUGUUCAACUUGGAUGUUGCGCAGACAGGCUAUGGCUGGUUGCAGGACCUGCAUGCGAUGACCUUGCGGGAGGUCAAUGGGAAGAAAAUGGUCACGCCGAAGCCGGAGACCGAAGAGUAUAAUGUCCGGAACUUUGUGUACGUGCGCCGUCGUCCGUUUCAUCCGCGCCGCUUGUUCGAACUAUUGCAUGAUAAGUUUAUCUUGCAGCACGAAUUUGAGGAGGAAGGCGAAGAUGGGGAAGAAGACGGGGACGAGGAGGAGGAUGACGAGAUGGAGAGCGAUGAAGACGAACAAGACGUUGAGAUGGGCGAAGCACCACAGCUUCCCGACAACGCCACGAUCUUGGCCAAUAAACGAGCCCACCCUCUCUUCAGCCGCCUCUUCCGCUCCAAGGGCGAGAUUUGGCUAGCCACCCGACCGAAUCGCGCGGGCGAGUGGUCCCAAGCAGGAGCCAUGCUCACACUGCAAGGUGGUCGUCCCUGGUUCAGCAUCAUCGACCGCUCGGAAUGGGAGACCGGCGUGCCAGACAUCGACGAGCUUGUCGAGAAUGACAUUCAAGCCGGGGGCGAGUAUGGUGACCGCCGACAGGAACUGGUCUUCAUUGGGGUGAAGCUGGACAUUGAGGGUAUUCAGGCUGUUCUCGACGAAUGUCUGCUCAACGACGAAGAGUGGGCGUCUUUCCAGGAGGUGUUGAAAAGGGGCAAUGGCCCGAACACACGUGAUGCUGCGGAACAGGCGGCGAAGGAGGACGCUCUGGCCGAUCUCUUUGAAGAUGGUUUCCCGGAUUGGGCGGAGGAUGAUGAGCAUGAUCACGCUGGGCACGAACACUCGCAGGACUCUCACACUCAUGGAAACGGAAGGCCUGCAAAGCAUACCCUUAUGAAAAAUGGGAUCAUUAGCCAUUAG